UGAUUCUGCUCUCUGCUGUUAGUUACGGCUAGUACGCAGUAAAGGCAGCACGAGCCUGUCUAAGCAAGAGUUAUUCAAAAAGAGCAAGAUGACUAUCAUGCUGGUGUCUCUGAUUCUCGGAGCGUUCGCAGCUUUGUAUUACUAUCUGACGCAAAACUACAAGUAUUGGCAGAAACGUGGAAUUCCGUGCGCGGACGGGGCCUUGCCAGGAGUUGGUCAUAUGCUGCCGGCAAUCUGUUUUAGAACAUCUUUUCCCGAACUUUUUAACAAGAUCUACAAUGACAAUAAAAAUCGCAGCAUGGUUGGCUUUUACAAUUUUACAUCACCGUCGUUACUAGUCAUCGAGCCGCAAUUAGUAAAAACAGUGUUGCAAACAAACUUUGCCAGCUUUAACAAACCCAUUUUUCCAAUUGAUCCCGAUUUGGAUCCUCUUACGGCGCUAAAUCCUUUUGCCUUGACCGGCGAUAAGUGGCUAGCCGCCAGAAAGCGUUUGACUUAUGCGUUCUCUAGCAUGAGAUUGAAGAUUUUACUGGAGAGCGUCAAACCGGUGUGCGUAUUGUUUGAGAAUUAUUUGAAUAAUAAGCUAAGUAAAACCGAAAAAAUAGAAGUUGAGCUGAAGGAUCUAUUCUCAAAAUUCACCGCGCAGGUAGUGGCUGGCGCUGGUUUCGGCGUGGACGGAUAUUGCUUUAACGAGGAAAAAGAGAAUCUGUCUUUUCAAAAAAUCGGUGCGGUUAUUCUAGAGCCAAAUUUACGGACCAAGAUCGCGACAAUGUUAAUAUUUUUAGUCCCGUCAUUAAACAAAAUAUUUAAAAUAAGUUUUGUGCCGAAGCAUGUUGAUAAUUUUUUUCGCACGUUAGUGGCGGAACUUAUGGAGCAGAGAAGAAAGGACGCGAUACCUAGAAACGAUUUUCUUCAUUUAAUGACUGAAUUGGAAAAGCAGGAUGGCAUUAAAUUUGACGUGGAGCUACUAACCGCUCAAGCUUUGUCGUUUGUCUUAGAUGGGUAUGAGACUUCUAGUACAGUUAUGAGCCUUGUUGGCUAUCAAUUAGCCGUCCAUCAAGAAAUUCAGAAAAAAUUACGUGAAGAGGUAAUGUCUGUGUUCAAAAAAUACGAUGGUGAAAUCACAUACGAAGGCUUGAAAGAGAUGACUUAUAUGGAUCAAGUUCUGAAUGAAUCGCAAAGAAUUAUACCCACGAUAGGAUUCCAGGGCAGAAUCUGCACGGAAGAGUUCGAGCUGAGAGGGUCCGAUGGGCUUAUUUGUCGCGUACAGCCCAACACUGAAAUUCGGAUAUCCAUUGAUGGUUUACAUCAUGAUUCUCGAUAUUGGAACAACCCCGAGAUAUUCGAUCCUGAGAGAUUCAAUUCUGAAAAUAAACAAAACAUCGAUCGAUUCGCCUUUCUUCCCUUCGGCGAAGGUCCACGUAUCUGCCCGGGAAUGAGAAUGGCUUUGCUGCAAAUAAAAGCGGGUCUGGCUACAUUAUUGAGGAAAUAUAGUUUAGAACUUUCUCCCAAGACAAAACUGCCUUUGCAAAUGACCCCCGGAGUCAUUUUAGCAUCCCCGAAAGGCGGUUUGUGGGUCAAAAUCCGACAGCUUUAAUUGCAAAUAUCUUUUUCUAAGCUAUAUCAAGCUCACAAUUUUUAAAUUUGAAAGAUAAAUUAGUAGGAAAUCUUUUUUAAUUAUACUAAAGUAUAAGAUUUUUAACUUGAUUGGUGAAAUAUAUGUAACACAUUUGUAGAAAUAAAACUGUCUAGAAAAUUGCCUAUUUUCCAUUGGUCUAAUUUUAUGCAAAAUUACUAUUACACAUUAUUCCACAAGUAAUUGCGAACAUAUUUUAGAUACUGAAAAUUGAACAAUUUUCAAACCGAUGUAAUUUGGCGAGAAAUCAUUGUAGACAAAAAGUGGAGAAGCAUGUUAAAGCUCGAAUUUUAUACUUUCAUGUAGUAUAGAUUUUCCAAAAAAUUUUUAUCUUUCCACGUCUAAGCUCGAAAGAAGAAUACGUAAAAAUUUUUUUAAACUCUGU